CCUAGCCUUCAGGCAGUGCUAACAGUGGGAACUGAGAGUCUCUCCUGCCCCAGUGUUGGGGCAGCAGGGGCUCCCCAAGGACAAACCACCAGGGCCCAGUGCUUCACAGAGAGGUGGGAACAGUGGCAACCCUGGGCAGUGCAGCCUAAGGCAGAAGCCUGGUGGAAGGUAAGAAACGGAGAUACGGAUCGAGUUUUGUGAUACUGCUGCUGGUGGCGGUGUGAUCUGCUGACUUUGAAGUGCCUGAAGAAACUCCGUGAAUAUAUACUUUUUUGCUAAAGAGAGAACUGGUAAAUAUGAGAGCUACAGCCACGGGACUGGAAAGAAGAGGAUCAAGGAGAGAACUAGGGGAAUAACUUGCAAGGGAGAACAGAGGGGAGAAAAAUCAGGAAAGCGUGUUGACCAGGAAUCCAAGGGAGGACCAUAUCAGAGGAAGUGAUCAAUGGGAGCAGAUGUUCCAGGAAAGUCUGAGAAGGAAAGUUCUGAGAAGCAGCCAGUAGAUUUAACCACAAGGAUGACUUUUUAAAAAAGACCUGGCAUCUUCUCUUCCUCAUGAUGAGGAUAGUUCUGCUCCCAUAAGGCAACAUGAACUUCAUGGACAUCAGCAAAAUGUUCUCCCUCCUGCAGCCCAACAAGGAGGAGGAUGACACCGACAUGGAGCAGAAGCAGGCUCUCAGCGAAGCAGUGCACAGAAACGACUCCCACACCUUGGACCAGCUUUUGCGCCAGGAGCAUUAUAAACGUUCCAUCAACAGGAAGAGUGGCUGGGGUGUUCCUGGGACACCCUUGCACUUGGCUGCUGCUUCUGGCCACCUGAGUUGUUUGCAGGUCCUCCUGGCACACGGCGCUGACGUCGACAGCUUGGACAUCAAGGCACAGACACCACUUUUCACUGCCGUCAGCCAUGGCCAUCUGGAUUGUGUGGGCACGCUUUUGGCAGCUGGCGCCUGUCCCAGUGGAAGCAUCUACAACAACUGCUCUCCCGUGCUCACAGCCGCACGUGAUGGUGCUGUUGCCAUCCUGCAGGAGCUCCUAGGUCAUGGUGCAGACCCAAAUGUCAAGGUUAAACUACCAGUCUGGGUGUUGAACAUGAGUUCAUUUUCUGGCCCCCUGUUUUUGGCUGCAGUCUAUGGGCACCUUGACUGUUUCCGCUUGCUUUUGCUCUACGGGGCAGACCCCGACUACAACUGCAUUGACCAGUACCUACUAGCUCGUGUUCCACAGCCCCGCACCGUCCUCGAAACCUGCCUCCACCACCAUUGCGAUCCAGAGUACAUCCAGCUCUUAAUUGAUUUUGGUGCUAACAUCUACCUUCCAUCUGUUCUCCUGGACCUGAACUGGAAAAAUAAUAAAGGCGCCCUGUUGUUGCUUCGAGCCCGAGCCACUCCACGAACACUACUGUCACAGGCCCGCUUAGUUAUCCGCAGAGCUCUGCACCAGGCCAGAAAGCUACAAGCCAUUGACCACCUGGAUAUCCCCCCUGCUUUGAUUAGCUACCUCCAACACAAAUUGUAAUCUUGCAGUGUACCCAAACAUCCAUGACACGCCCAAAAACCUCUUGGGGGCCCAGGUAGGUAGAGGGCACUAGAGCUCCCCCCACUCACUCGGAGCUGCUUUCUUGUAUUAUCCUCUACAAUAAAAUCAUCAACAAAAUAAA